GGUACUGACGAUUUUGCUUCCCGUCCCUCCUCGCGAGUCGCGACCUCAUACGGUCCCUCCCUCCCCGACUCCCCAAAGCUCACUCCUGAUUCCUGAUCACACAGGAGGACCCACCGGUCGGUCUCCGUCACCGGCGCUCGCCGAGCCCCGCAGGGCCGCACCCAUUCCUUCCCUUCUCCUUGCGAAAGCAGCCGCACGCAGCAACAACAGCAGCGAGGGCGGCGAGGCAAGGAGUCGGGGCUCGCCUCUCGGAAGUCGAGAGGAAGAGAUGGAGUACAGGAGAGUGAAGGAUCAGGAGAGUGAUGAGGUAUCUCAGAAGGACAUAGAAAGCCUUGGUAGGAGCUCUUUUUCUAACACUGCAGCAACUUCUAGUCUUAGCAUUGCAGGAGGACUGAAGGGCAAAUAUAGUUGGAAGCUAAAGUCCAUUGUUACACUUGCAUUGACAUUACUAACAAGUUCCCAGGCAAUAUUGAUUGUGUGGUCGAAAAGAGCUGGAAAGUAUGAAUAUAGUGUCACAACAGCAAAUUUUUCGGUGGAAGCUUUAAAAUGUCUGCUAUCACUUGUAGCCUUGUACAGGACAUGGAAUGUUCAAGGCAUUACAGAAGACAAUAGGUUAACUACAUCUUUCGAUGAAGUUAGUGUUUACCCCAUUCCUGCCAUGCUUUACAUGGUUAAGAACUUACUACAGUAUUAUAUUUUUGCAUAUGUGGAUGCACCAGCUUAUCAGAUCCUGAAGAACCUGAAUAUCAUUAGCACCGGUGUCCUGUACCGUAUCAUUCUCAAGAAAAAGUUAAGUGAAAUUCAGUGGGCUGCAUUUAUUCUUUUAUGUGCUGGUUGCACUACUGCUCAGCUUAAUCCCUCGUCAGAUCAUGUUCUUCAGACCCCUAUUCAAGGUUGGAUGAUGGCAAUUGUAAUGGCUCUUCUAAGUGGUUUUGCUGGGGUAUAUACAGAAGCUAUCAUCAAGAAACGUCCUUCAAGAAAUAUCAAUGUGCAGAAUUUUUGGCUGUACAUUUUCGGGAUGCUCUUCAAUUUCAUUGCAAUUUGCGUUCAGGACUUUGAUGCUGUCAUUAAUAAAGGCUUUUUUCAUGGCUACUCAUUUAUUACAGUUUUGAUGAUUCUUAACCAUGCACUCAGUGGAAUUGCUGUAUCAAUGGUGAUGAAGUAUGCUGAUAAUAUUGUCAAGGUCUAUUCAACUUCAGUUGCAAUGCUUCUGACAGCAACAGUAUCCGUCUUCUUAUUUAACUUCCAUCUGUCCCUUGCAUUCUUCCUCGGGUCUACGGUUGUUUCUGUCUCUGUCUAUCUGCACUCUGUUGGGAAGCCACAGCAGCAGAAAUAGAGUUUCUUCCAGCAGCAGCAGAAACAACAUGUUUCUUCAUCUGGAGUUGACUAAUCAUUGUAGAAUGGUUCUUGAGUAGCAAUGCAGAAUUGUUGCUUAAUGGCGGAGAUGGAAUUCGUUCUUGAUCAUCAUGAUGUUCUGGAAUCAAGUUUUGCAGGAGUUGAAUUGAUUACGUAGUCAACAAAAUGCACUGGCCUUAAAGUACUGAGUUGAGGACUGGAUGCUAGUCGUUGGUACAUGCAGAUUCACUACUGUUCAACCGCCUCAGUUGUGGCACUCUUGCCUUCCUUUUGCUAACCUAUAAUGCUGUAACGAAGAUGAGGCAGCCCCUUGUUUACCCGUUAGUCUGAUACCGAUUAUUCUUUUUAACCUUUUUAACCGUACUCAGAUUAACUUUGUGGAAAAGUACGUGUUAACACUG